AAAAGCGGGACUCGGGCUGGGAGGUUUGUGGGUUCAAAGUAUGAAUCUUUCCCGGUGAGAAUCAGUUGGCCUCGCUCUCGUGGUCCCGUCGAACAUUCCCGGAGGAGGAGGAGAGAGAAGCAGCAUAAAUCGAUUUUUAGAGAGAGAAAGAGAAAAAAAGAAGAUGGUGACGUCGCCGGUGGUGAACACGUACCCACUGUCGAGCUACACCUUCGGGACCAAAGAGCCCAAGAUGGAGAAAGACACUUCUGUAGCUGAUCGUCUUGCUCGUAUGAAAGUCAACUAUAUGAAAGAGGGAAUGAGGACGAGUGUAGAAGCAAUUUUGCUGGUACAAGAACAUAAUCAUCCCCAUAUACUUCUUCUGCAAAUUGGAAACACAUUUUGCAAACUUCCUGGUGGGCGUUUGAAGCCAGGCGAGAAUGAAAUUGAGGGCUUGAAAAGAAAGCUGACCAGCAAGCUUGGUGCUAACUCACCUGCUCUUGUGCCAGAUUGGCAGAUAGGUGAAUGUGUGGCAAUCUGGUGGAGACCAAACUUUGAAACGAUAAUGUAUCCAUAUUGCCCUCCCCACAUUACAAAACCCAAGGAAUGUAAGAAGCUUUUUCUUGUUCAUUUAUCUGAAAGGGAAUACUUUGCAGUGCCAAAAAAUUUGAAACUUCUUGCUGUACCAUUGUUUGAACUCUAUGAUAAUGUUCAGAGAUAUGGGCCGGUUAUAUCCACCAUUCCCCAGCAGCUUUCCAGAUUUCAAUUCAACAUGAUCGCUACCUGAAUUAGCAUGCCUUCAGAAGCUAUGCUGACAGCACUACUCAGUUUAAUGAGUUUCAUUCCUCAGUAGUAUUUCAUGGAAUGCUGGAGCUCACACAUGGACUUUAUUUUGUAACUUUAACUUUAGGUUGGGAUUUAUUCGAGGAUUCUUCAAUUAUGCAGAUGAGUGAAGCGUAGACAUCCUGUUCAUCUAUUUAUGAUCAGUAGGGACUAUUGUAGUGUCAUUGUGUUAUUUUUCAAAUCAUGUUCAACCAAACUUGUGCUGUGCAAGUUCUGGGUGUCAUUAAUCUUAUAUUUUACAAUUUCACUGUUUAUUAGCAAGAAAAGAAGCAUGUUUGAUUCUUCUCUUAUAGUAUUGGGAAUUUGGAGUUUUCAA